UCACAAUGGCUUAGCUUGUCAUGCACAUCCAGUUGUGAUCUUUGGAGCAGAGGACACUUCAAACAGUGGGAACCUCCCAAAAGAGGAUGGUAAAGUGGGAUACCUGAUACUGGUAAAGAUUCAUCAGAAGAUGAGUUGCCCAUGAACUUUGCUAGAUUUGUAUGCAGUGGGGGAGGUGGCUGCCUUCCAGAAACAAGUGGUCUGAGGACAGAGGAACAGGGAUGAGGUCUGGAUCCUCCCAAAUUGAUAAUUAACCUUUUGAUAGAGCAACUCCAGUGAAAUCACAAAGUCCCUAUUUUAGAAAGUGUUUCCAAACAGCACAAAGGCAACCCCUGCCCAUACACACAGCUUGCAAGAUGGAUGAAGAAAAUGAUGCAUUCCGGGCUUACAAAGGGAGAAGUGUUAUUCAGAGGCCAUUCUUCCUCAUCUAUGCACUGCUGGGCAUCUCUUACCUGCUGGUUUUCAUUGGCUUUGUGGUAACUCUCACCAAAGUAGCCACAGUUUCAUCAGAACUCAGCAAGGUGCGCACCGAACUUGAGAAGGAUCCCUUAGCCAAUGACUUCCAUCUGUUCCCAUGUGGAGCUGAUACAAGACAGUGGGAAUAUUUCCAAGGGAAAUGCUACUACUUCUCCCUGAAGGCAAUUCCCUGGCAGCAAGCCAAGCUUCAGUGUGAACAGCAACAUUCACAGCUAGUUACCAUAGAUAGUUUCGCAAAACAGAACUUCUUACAAACCCGGACCAGAAAUGACCGGUAUUGGAUUGGGCUGCAUGAGCUACAGUCAGAAGGAGAGUGGAAAUGGCUGGAUGGCAGUAAUUACAGAACUGGCUUCAAGAACUGGAAGGCAGGAGAACCCAAUAAUUAUCAAGGCCGUGAUGAGGACUGUGGCCAGUUGUGGAUCAAUGGGGAAUGGAAUGAUUUCACCUGCACUUCUGAUAGCUAUUAUGUCUGUGAGAAGGCCUUGCCAAGCAAACCCACACCUGCAUCAAAGGGGGGGAUGAGUGAUCUUCCUGGAAGCCUGUAGGAGUGAAAGGCGCAACACAAGAAGCUUCAAACAUCACAUGGCGGUGGCAGAGGAAGCAAAAACAACAGUGCAAUGUUGCCAAGAGAAACUUUUUAAAAAUCCAAACAGACUUUCAAGAUCUCGUUUAAAAUUCAUUCAUGUAUGGAAAUGAUAGAUUAGAGGUAUUGGAUUAUUUGGCAGUUCUGCAGCUAAAUAAAAUUGAGUCAUAGCUCAAUUUCCUAAGCAAUUGCUUCUUGAAUGUGGGGGUGAGCUGGGGUGGAAUAAAUUCCAACUUAACUUACAAGGCUGUUUUAAGGAUUUCUGCAAUCACAUAUGAGAAGUAUUUUAAAUUGUAUAAAAUAAUGUAUGCAUGGAAUUGCCACAGUUGUUACAGUAUUAUUUUACCGGAUUCUGUGAAAAGAAGUAACUUAAAUCUAAUAAAGAAACGUAAAUGCCCCAGUGA